AUGGACCUCAGGCACCUGCAACAAGGUGUUUGUGAUGCGCUCGUUGGAUGUAGAAAGAGGUAGGUGGCCCAAUAACACCAUUUCCGUGAAACCCAAGUAUUUCUACCCAAAACUACCUAGUAAUCAGGUAGAUACGGCAUACCUAUAAAUCUUGCCCUCGUCCUAUUCUUGUAAGUUGGAGAUGAUCAUCCACCUACAACCCAGUCUAGGAUACACAUCCCAACUUCCCAGAAAACGGCCAAAAUAAAUCACAAAACCUCAAUAUUGAAUCGUACUCCAUAUCGUUCAGCUACACGAUGAAGUCUACUAAGUUCCUUGCUUCUACUUUGUUCGCGGCUACUACCAUAGCUGGACCCAUCGCGUAUGGCGUAUGCCAGGCAGGCUGCUCGGCUGUCGUAAUGGCUUGCUAUUCAGCUGCAGGCUUCACUUGGGGUGCGACGCUGGGUGCUUCAGCUCCUGCAUCAAUCAUUCUUUGCAACACAUCAUACGGAAGUUGUCAAGCUGCAUGCUGGGCUGCACUGGCUAUGCCUGCGCCUUGAACCACUCGAAAUAUACGCCCGCGAAUAGAGGCCCCGCAGAAACACACUAAGAAGGAGUGAUGGAUAAAGGUAUAAGAGACGGAAAUCUGCUUUUACUCGUGCGGCUCUCGGACAACAGAUGAAUUUAUCAUACCUAGGUAUUUAAGUGUAGUUCAACGUUGGCACAAUACUGUUGUGACCUUGGUACAUAGUACCUAGGCGAUUGAAUACUUUAAACACCAGCACAUCCUUUACCGC